AACAGCAGCAGAAGCAGCAAACGUUGACGAACCGGUGUGCGCGCGUGUGUAUUGUACUGCACUACAGAGCAGCAGCAGCAGCAGCAACAGCAACAGAGCAGUGCUCGGCGGGCGGCGGCCAUCGAACGCGGUGUUUCCGAUACCGGCCGGCCGGAAGCAAACGUUCUUGUCGUGUUCGGAUCUGUUUCCGGAGAGCGCGGACACGAUCGCGCAUAAUUUAAUUAUAUUGUAUCGUUACAUACAUAGUUUACGGGUCGAAACUCUACCGUUUUCUCCGUUCCGAAUCGAAUUUAACGUCACAAUAUCGGCGUUGUCAAUCGCGCACAAUUUAACAUCGUACGAGUUUAUUUUCGAAAUAAUUUCCUCGCCGUCGGCGAUGGUGUCCAAAUAGUGACCGGUGUCGUAGAUCUGCGUGUUCACUUGGGAGACAGACGGAAAUCGAAAUAAUAUUUUGGAAUAAUAAAAAAAAAAAAAAAAAUUGAGAUUGAAUUAAAACACGUUUGCCUGUAUCAGUUUCUGCGACCGUGAAGUACCUACACCAUCGCAGUUAUAGGCGAAGGGUGCCUGUAGAAUUUAUGAUCCGAAAGGAUUAAAACCUUCAUCAAACAAUGACUCAAUGGUUUGCUCUCUGGAUGAAACAAUGAGUACAUUUAUGGAAACCUGUAAUGAUACAGAAAUGAACUCAACAUUUAAUUUCAGUUUGGAAGAAGUAUAUUCUAUUUUGCUGGAACAUAGACGCGAUUCCCGAAAUUUGGAUAAAAAUACUGAGAUUUUGCUGAUAAUAGUUUACUUGGGCUUGAUGGUCAUCGGGCUGUCGGCUAACCUGACCGUGAUCUACGUGGUGGCCAGACGCGCUCAGAUGCACACCUCCCGAAACCUAUACAUCGUCAACUUGGCCGUUUCCGACAUGACUCUGUGUCUGGUGUGCAUGCCGUUCACGCUGACGUCGAUAUUGCGACACCAGUGGUCCAUGGGCACGGUGCUGUGCAAGCUCGUGCCGCUGUUGCAGGGCACCAACAUCAUGGUGUCGGUGGGCACGAUCACGGUGAUCGCCAUAGACCGAUACUGGGUGAUCGUCCGCGGGUCCGCGCAAAACGAACGGCGCACGGUGUACGUGUCCAUAGCCACCGUAUGGUUGUUGGCCGUCCUGACCACGUCGCCUGUUGCUUAUUACCAGGUAGUCGAACCAUUAAAAUUUCAACACGUAGUGUUGUACGAAUCUUGUCGGGAAAAAUGGCCUUCGACCGACAUCAAAGUGGCGUAUAAUAUAGCAGUAGUACUCAUUCAAGCAGUACUUCCCGCCACUGUUCUUUUGGUGGUUCAUAUUCGUAUUGCAGCAUAUUUACACGCACACACUGCUUCUCAAAAAGACUCGAGGCGUGCACAGCGAGAACUUCAAAGAAACAAACGGACCACUCUACUUCUUAUAGGAGUGGCUGUCGUCUUCACUGUGAGCUGGCUUCCGCUGGCCGUGUUUUCGUUGGCCGCUGAUUUAAUGACCAAGCCGUUAACAACCAAACAGCUUUACGUGACAUUGGCGGUUUGCCAUCUGACCGCCAUGACCUCAGCUAUCUCAAACCCUAUAAUUUACGGCUGGAUGAAUUCCAAUAUCCGCAACGAGCUGUAUCAACUAUUCUACGCAAAAAUCUUGAGACGGCGACCCGGAAACCGAUCCAUGGCAACAGCCACAACAACCAUUAGAAAUAGAACCCGACCUUUGAUCACAUACAACACUUCGAAUUACAUGCCUGGAAGUCAGGAGACGUUUUCAAGAGGAGUCACUGUACUUUAGGCAGGGACUAUGGAUGACCACGGCCAUUCCGCCGAAGAGACAACGUUUCCAGGAUUUGUAUUCAUUUUAUUUUUCGAAUGUCAUCCCAUCCUUUAUCGCGUUAUUGAGACUCGAUAUAUAUUUCCAACACGAAAAGUUACAUCAUUUUUACCAUUACGAUCUUAUAUAAUAUAACUCAAAGGUUCUCUUAACCGUUGAUCCAUUGCCGUAGAUAUUUAUUCGAGCUUUUACGGAGUGACUCUGAAUAUUUUUUAAGAUAUUUACAUUUUUUUAAUAAUGUAAACUAAUUCGACGACUUGGGUUUACCUGCGGUUAUGGUAUUUAUUGUUAUCAAUAAAAUUAAAAUAUAGCAUUUUAUAAUACUUUUUUUUUUUAAUUAUCAUUAAAUAAUAAUUAAAAUAAAAAAUUGUUUUUAUUUGUGGAUUCAUGACUAUAUUUUAUGUCUAAUAGGGUUGAAUGACUCAUGAAAGGUUAAGGCCCGUUAUUCAUUAAUAUAAACUAGACAAUGAAAAUAUCAUGAUUUAUAAUUGAAUUAUCCAUACAGUAUGGGUACAUU